AUCCCUACCACUGACACCAUGUCCGCCCGCAUCGACCUCAACAACAACGCCGGAUCCGCCUCCCAAACCCUGGCGGCACACAAGCGCGGCCGCGGCCGCCCCCGCAAGAACCCCCCGCCCCCCGCUCACCCGCGCCCUCCGCAUCCCGACACCCCCAUGGUCAGCGGCUUCGCUCCGGGCGACAUGGUCUGGGGAAAGAAGCUGAACCACGCCGCCUGGCCGGGCCUCAUCUACUCCGCCGGAGGGAACGGCACCGGCCACGAGGGCCAGCUUCUCGUAUCCUACUUUGGCGACAAGGCCUUCGCCUGGUGCGACACAGCCGAGCUCAGGCCCUAUGAACCCUACUUCCCUGUCGCCGAGCUCUAUGACGACGGCGGCGAGGAUUUCGACGCCGCCGUCGAGGCCUCCCUCGACGAGUUCUCCAGCCGCGUCGAGUCCGCCCUCGCCUCCGCCGCCCGCCCUUUCGCCCCCGCCGAUUUCCUUGCCUCGCUCCAUGAUCUCGCCGCGGAUCGCAUGGGCUUCACCAAUAGGGUGCAGGCCGCCGUCGUCAAGGCGCAUCUCAGAGCCUUCGACGCCUUCAGGGCUCUGCCGGACCCACCUCAGUACACCUUGGAGCUCGGUCUACUCCCAGACGUCCCGCUCCCGCUGCCCAAUCCUAAAGCUGCCACGGAUGCCGCCUUCAGCUCCUACACCACCCCCGCUUCCAGUUUCAGGAGGGGCAGGAAGAGGAAGGAGGAACUCAUCAAGGACGAUGACUCCGAUGAGGACUGGGACCCUAGCAAGAGGGGUGCCACCGACUUGGAUUCUGAUGUGGACUUUGACUGCAGGAGAGGAUCCAGAGGCAGGGGCAGGGGCGGCGGCGGCACUGGUGCGUCGCGUGGCAGGCCUCGAGGGAGGCCCAGGAAAGCAGAUGCCUGCAUGGACGAAGAUGAGAUUCAAGACAAACUGGAGUAUCCGUCGGCUGCUGAGAUGUUGCUGCAGCUUCUGUCCAUCGCCACGGAUCCUGUAAAUGGCAAUUAUGACUCUGCUCCUGUGAUUGUUAGCUUCUUCUCAAAGCACAAGGACUCCGAUGUGCCUAGUUUAUAUGAAGACAAAGAACUGAUUGAGAAUUUUGGUGGCAAGAAGGGUAAGAAAAAGUCCAUCGGAAGCUUGGGCCCAGCUACAAAGCCAGAAGCCAGCGAUGAUACUGUGGAUGGUCAGAGGGGCCGUAGGAAGUCUGCUGGGAGCUUGUACUCAGCUAGAAAGGCCGAAGAUUCAUAUUGGUGUGAUAUUAUCAUCAGCGAUUUCGAUGACGGAGACAGUGACUAUGACAGUCACAAGAGGAAGCGGCCCUGUAACAGGAGCACCAAUAAGAAGAUGAAGCAGGAGGAGCCACCUCAAGGAGCCCCAUCAUCGAAUGCAAAACCUGCAGAUGGUCCAGCCGCCCUUAUUCUACAUUUCAGCAGUCCAGAAGCUAUUCCUUCUGUUGAUGACAUCAAUAGCAUAUUCCGUAUUCAUGGACCUAUUGUGGAGCGUGAGACUGUGAUCACUAAGAAGUCAAAGAUUGCAAAAGUAGUUUUCUCUAAGAGUGUUGAUGCAGAGCAGGCACAUCACAGUUCCGGAAAGCGUAAUGCAUUUGGUCCAUCGCUUCUCACAUCUGAAAUUAAGUACUUGCCAUCGGCACCUCAGGUUUCUUAAAUGCCGCAGUCUGGACUGGUGGAUACGCCGUGGAAAUGCGCCAUGAAGCUUGGAGCAACGGAGCAUAAGUUGGUGUCACUGACUUUACUGACCAGGUCACAGUAGUCACUGAGUUGAGUGAGCAAAUUUUAGGCUUUCUGUGGUUACAUGCAUCCAUUUGACUGAUUGUCGACCCGGAGUUUGUUGUUUAUGUUGAUAGUAGAUUAGAUUAUGUAGCAUGAUGUGCUUCCUCUUAUGCUAGCAACUUUUUUUUGGUAUUGCCUAGUAAUUGCACAGCUGUGGAUCUCUCUA